ACUAUUUCCUUCUGUUUUUUUCUCUUCUAGAAGCAGUGCUAAGUUGAUAACACCGUUGGGAUGCUUGGCCUCUAGGCAAAAGCACACUCUUCCUGACUUGCCAUAUGACUAUGGCGCUCUGGAACCUCAUAUUAAUGCAGAGAUCAUGCAGCUGCACCACAGCAAACAUCACGCUACCUACGUGAACAACCUGAACGUUGCGGAGGAGAAAUACAAAGAGGCACUUGCAAAAGGUGAUGUUACAGCUCAGGUGUCACUUCAGCCUGCACUGAAGUUCAAUGGUGGGGGUCAUAUCAAUCACACCAUCUUCUGGACAAACCUUUCUCCUAAUGGAGGAGGAGAGCCUACAGGAGAAUUGAUGGAAGCCAUCAAGCGUGACUUUGGUUCCUUCGCAAAAUUCAAGGAGAAGCUGACAGCCGUAUCAGUUGGUGUUCAAGGAUCAGGCUGGGGGUGGCUUGGCUAUAACAAAGAGCGGGGGCACCUACAAAUAGCAGCUUGUGCGAAUCAAGACCCUUUGCAAGGAACAACAGGUCUUAUUCCUUUGCUAGGAAUCGACGUAUGGGAACAUGCUUACUAUCUUCAGUAUAAAAAUGUUCGACCUGAUUAUUUGAAAGCCAUCUGGAAUGUGAUCAACUGGGAGGAUGUAUCUUCGAGAUACGCAACUUGCAAAAAGUAGAGUGGCAUUCUUGCACAGACUACUAAAAUGUCACCACUUCUACUCUGAUACCACUCUCAUAGUAGUGCCUGUGGCUUACAAAUGAGUCGCUCUACUGCAGAAAACACUUAGCUCAUCCAACAAAAGCAUUUCAUAAUCAAGCGAAGUGUCUGCUUGUUCAAUUCCGUGAGAGGUAUUUACUUAGAUUUUUGAAGCUUUAAACUGUUGUGCAACAAAGGGAGACACUUUAAACAAUUGUUGCCAUUGCAUAUAGAAACAUAGGUCACCUUGCUGAAGCUUAUGAGGUAAUGGAUUUCCUUGUUGCACUGAAAUACCUAAGUGGAAACAUGUACUAACGUUGCUAUGAACAAAUAAAGCUCAAAAGAAGAAUCUUCUAUAAC